AUAAUCUCCCGAGGAGGAGACUGCUCACGGGAAAGACAACCUUCUCCCUCCCACUUUCAAGUUUCAACAUCAUCCCAUCCAUAGCGUUUUUCAAGUCUCAACUUUCAACCUUCUGACUGAUGACUGUCACACGAUUUCAUGCCCCAUUUGGCUUUGCCUAGUUAGUCGAUAACGGACAGACAAUCACGUUAAAAAAGUGCUUUCUUUGUUUCCCUGCAAUACAGUAUUUGUCCCCUUCACCUCUCCAACAAAGGCAUUCAAAACAAACAGUGUCCAAACACCCCUUCACUUUCUCUGUCAAAAUUUGGACAUGGAACUUGCUCUUCUCUUAAUACGCAUGUGGGUUUUAGCUACCCCUUUGUUGGUAACCAUAAUUGAGGCAGGAAGAGUCUUAGAGGCAGCAAGUUCCACCAUUUCUGGCCGCAUUAUGCUUCUUCAGGAACAACCCAUCACGCAGUUUUCUGUGAGAAUGGAAGCUCAAUCCCCAGGAUUGCCUGAGGUUAGAGUGGCUCACCAUUCUGAGUUGAAUAAGAGAAUUCUUAUAGCACUCAUUGUUGCUUCCACACUCCUUGGGGGAAGCUUGCUGUUCCUGUCAUGUUUUUGGAUCUGUAGACAGAAAACCCUGAAACACUAUAUUGGGAAAAAGGAAACGACAAUGGAGGCUGCAAAAGGGGUUCCAUCAAAUCCAAUCCUGGUGGAAUUUAAUUCCUUGAGGGUCGGGAGUAGGAUGGGUUCAGUUGCGAUAUUCAAUUAUCCAUUGCUGGAAGCUGCAACAAACAAUUUCAGUAAAAGUAAUGUCUUGAUUGAGAGGGGUUCUGGACUUCUCUACAGAGCUAGUUUUGAUGAGAAAUUUAUUGCGGCUGUUAAGAAAGUAAAUAGCGCAAGGCAGGAUUCUGAAAGAGAAUUUAAGAAUGAGGUGAACUGGUUGAGCAAAAUCCAGCAUCAAAACAUCAUCAGACUUUUGGGUUACUGUGUUCAUGGCGAAGCAAGGUUCCUUGUUUAUGACAUGGUGCAGAAUGGGUCCUUAGAUACUCAAUUGUGCGGACCUAGUCAUGGGUCCUCUUUGACAUGGCAUCUACGGUUGAAAAUUGCUGUAGAUGUAGCCAGGGGAUUGGAAUAUCUUCAUGAGCAUUGUAAUCCCCCUGUGGUGCACAGAGACCUUAAAUCAUCUAACAUUCUUCUGGAUUCAAAUUUUAAUGCUAAGCUUUCAGAUUUUGGUCUUGCUGUAACUUCUGGGGUGAAGGAUGAGGACAACAUAAAGCUGUCUGGGGCUCUAGGUUAUGUACCACCAGAGUACAUUUCGGAUGGUCAAUUAACUGAUAAGAGUGAUGUCUAUGCCUUUGGCGUUGUCCUUUUGGAGCUCUUGAUGGGAAGAAAGUCGGUGGAAAGUAACACUGGAGCUGAACGUCAAUCUAUAGUCACAUGGGCCAUGCCCCAGCUCACUGACAGAUCAAGGCUUCCAAACAUUGUGGAUCAUGUGAUCAAAGAUACUAUGGAUUUAAAACACCUAUACCAGGUUGCUGCUGUAGCGGUACUCUGUGUACAACCUGAACCAAGUUACAGACCAUUGAUAACGGAUGUGCUGCACUCGCUAAUCCCUCUUGUGCCUAUUCAUCUCGGAGGGUCGCUUAGAAUUACAGGGAAUGUACCUUCGGCGUGAGCUGAGUCUUCCCAUAAACUGGUAGAAGUUUAUACAUAAUCCAGUGCCAGAGAUGGUUACGUUUCUUAUAACUCUGGAGGAUGGUCUGAAUCCACGGAUAGAUUUCCUUGUGUACUUGUCAUUGUUUUUGUGUAUCAUUUUCCUCAAAGGAUUCAAAUCCGGGAAGGCGUUGCUAAGAAAUAUACGAGCUUAUUUUUGUUGCAGUUGUAUGUAAAUUGAAACACAUUGAAAGUAGACGUUUCAUAGCAAUCAAAGAAGCUUUUGCCGUUGGAUUA